AUGGCUCCCAUUCCUACCACCAUGAAGGCCAUUUCCAUUGCCAAAAACGGCGGCCCCGAGGUUCUCGAGCUCAAGGACGUUCCCGUGCCGCAGCCGCAGCCCGACGAGAUCCUCGUCCGCAACGCCAUUGCCGGCGUCAACUACAUUGACACCUAUUUCCGCUCCGGCCAGUACCCGUCGCCGUCUUUUCCCCGCAUCCUCGGACAAGACGGCGCCGGCGAGGUCGUCGCCGUCGGAUCCGCCGCCGCCGCCGCCACCCCGCAGCACGCCAUUGGUAGCACCGUCGUCUUCAUGAGCGGCACGGGCACCUACGCCGAGUACUCGACCGUCAAGGCCGCCGCCGCCGUCGCUGUCCCCGCAGGCGUCUCCACGCAAGACGCCGUCGCCGUUUACCUGCAGGGCCUCACGGCGUGGACGUUUAUCCGCCGCGCGGCGCUCACGCAGCCCGGCGAGUGGGCGUUUGUGCACGCGGCCGCCGGCGGUGUCGGGUCGCUGCUUGUGCAGCUGCUCAAGGUCGUGGGCGCCAAGGUGAUUGCGUCGGCGAGCUCCGAAGAGAAGCUCGCCAUCGUCAAGGAUCUCGGCGCUGACCACGUCGUCAACUCAAACGACGACUGGGUCGCCAAGGUCAAGGAGAUUACGGGCGGCCACGGCGCCGACAGCAUCUACGACGGCGUCGGCAAGGCCACCUUUCAGCAGGACCUCGAAGCGAUUGCCGUAGGCGGAAGCUUGGUGAUGCUUGGCAAUGCUUCGGGCAACGUUGAGCCUUUUGAUAUUCGACCAACCCUCGGCCCCAAAAAUAUCCGGCUCUCUCGCCCUAUCCUUUUUGGAUACCUGGCGGAACGUGACGCUCUGGAGAAAUACGCCGGUGAGGUCUUUGAGUUUGUUCGUUCUGGCAAGCUCAAGGUGCUCCACCACGCCACCUACAACCUCAAGGAUGUCGCCAAGGCGCACGCUGACAUUGAGAGCCGAAAGACGGUCGGCAAGCUACUUAUCAAGAUUAAUUAA